CACGCAAUUAUAAUACCUCCGACUCCGGAGUUUCUGUCUAUCUAUUGGGUGAUAUAUAGUGUGUGUGUGUGUGUGUGUGUGAUUCUCAGUAAUAAAAAAUACAAUUAAAGAUAUUAAAAAAGCAUCAUUCUCUGUAUCGGCGUUAGCAAGUGGUCCCCGUGACACUAAAAACAAUAGCCGCUUAAAGAGUUUAGUAGUUGGAGCGUUUGUCAGCGUACCAUCAGACAUACAGUUAAAUAAAUAUAUAUCACUUGAUUGUGAAUAAACGGUGGAAGAAAAAAGAAAAAAGUAGUACCUAAGCCGGGAGGGUUGAAGCGAGACCCGAGAUAAGACGUUUAAUAACGCCGAGAGAGCUGGAGACAAAGAGUGCGUGUGUGAGUGUGUACACUAAAAGUAAAAGACCUUGAUGUGCAUUGCCACUGCUACACAAUUUACAAUUUACAAUUUACUAUUUAAUCUUAAACUUAUUAAAUACUUAGCUUAAGUACUCGACUACUAUACCACUGCCAGGAUUUAUCUUCGGUCUCUUAAUUGUCAUUUUUGUUAUUUUUUUAAUAGCGCUCAAUUAUUUUGGAAGCCCGAUUUGGAGCGGUCAAACUCCAGCCGGUACUCCAAUCCAUUUUUGAGGCUUCUCUGGCAUCGCAGUUUAAUUAUUAUCCGGCUGUUGGUUACCUGGACCACUAUUAUCCUCGUGAUUCCGGGGUGAUUGGACCUGCAGGCAGGUUAUGUCAGCUGGAUUGGCAGGUACUGUGCCAGAUCAGCGGAUGAAAGGACAAGCAAAUCAGACAAACAAUGGUCCCAAGGAGCACCAAGCAAGUGAUCAUGGCGGGGACGAGUCAAAUUUCGAUUCAUGGCGAGGAGGUAACAACACGCAGCACCACUCAAACUACCCAACAAUCGGUACCGGUGAGCCUUAUCCUUACUACACCAAUACGUCAUUUCAAUAUCAAACAUUUGGAGCAGGCGAUGGUACCUGGUCUAAUGGGACAGAUCCAGUUGCCUUUUUGUCAGGUUACGGCGGUCAAAUAAGCCACGAUGCCUACGGCGGUGGAAUGGACCAGAUGUUUUCCACGGCAACCGGAGCAGGAGCAGGAGGGUUCAGCGGUUUCGGGGCCCAGCCAGCGUUCAACUACUUCCCAGCCGGGAACGGGGACUUCAACGCCUGGGGGACGCCCAGGAAGGCCCGCUACGAGGAGUACUACCCCCAGCCCAGAGGCAACGACAACUACACCGAGAUGAAAAUAGAGCAGGGCGUCGCCGGUCUGUCCCUAGGAUCCGGCGAGCAGCUCCGUCACGAAAUGUCUUCCCAGAGCAAGACCGAGCCAAAGGAGCAGCGGAAAAUAACCUGGGCGAGCGUCGCCAGCCAGCCGGCCAAGCCAGUUCCGCCAGUGUCCACCAGCCAGGUGAUGAAGAAGAAAGCCGGCAUGCCCCCACCUCCUAUCGUUCCUGGGAAACACAAUAUGGACAUUGGGACCUGGGGAGAGGGCAAGUCUUCAGCUCCGCCUCCAAAGGCUCCUCUGCCGCCGCAAAUUCCGCCGCCGGUCGUUACUCCGCCGGUUAUUCCAAGGCAGAGACCGACUCCGCCGCCAAGUUGGAAGCCUUCUUCGCCUCCGCCGCAGCCACAUCCUGGACCACAACAGUUACACGGUCCAGGGCCUCAGUUGCAGCAUCCAAUGGCUCAGCAGCAGCCCCAGCCGCAGCAUCAGCCUCAACAACAUCAGCCUCAACAAAAUCAGCCUCAACAACAUCAGCCUCAACAAAAUCAGCCUCAACAACAUCAGCAACAACAACAACAACAACAACAACAACAACAACAACAACAACAACAACAACAACAACAACAACAUCAGCAUCAUCAACAACAUCCUCCACAGUCUCAGCAGCCGCUUCAACAGCAACAACAACAACAACAACAACAGCAACAGCCUCAGCCUCAGCAGCAUCAUCAAGCUCAACAAAAUCAUCAUAAUCAGCAUCAGCAUCAGCAGCAGCAUCAACAUCAACAUCAACAUCAACAUCAACAUCAACAUCAACACCAGCAUCAGAAUCAGGCGCCACCACCGCCACCACCACAACAGUAUCCACCGCAUUUACCACCCGGUCCCACGCUCUCACACCCAGUCCUCGACGAACUGAAGGUCAAAAACGACUACAACCCUGGAGAGUUUGAUCAGACAGCACCUGGUGCCAGAUUUUUUGUUAUUAAAUCGUACUCGGAGGACGACAUCCAUCGGUCAAUAAAAUACGAGAUUUGGUGCAGCACUGAGCACGGGAAUAAAAGACUUGAUCAGGCGUUCAAAGAGGCUAACAGAGAUGGAGCACCGUUGUAUUUAUUUUUCUCGGUGAAUGGCUCGGGACACUUUUGCGGCAUGGCGCAAAUGGUCUCUUCUGUGGACUACCACAGCAACAGCUCGGUCUGGUCGCAGGACAAGUGGAAGGGCCAGUUCCGCGUGCGCUGGAUAUAUGUUAAAGAUGUCCCCAAUACUCAGCUGCGCCAUAUCAGAUUGGAGAACAACGAAAACAAGCCGGUGACUAACUCACGGGAUGCACAAGAGGUCCCCCAUGCCAAGGGGGUACAUGUACUCAGGAUUCUGCACACGUAUCGGCACACUACGAGUAUUUUUGAUGACUUUGGUCACUACGAGAGGCGACAGGCUGAAGAAGAUCAGCGCAAGGGGCCACCCCCUGGUGCUAUGCAGCAUCUUCAGCACCAGCAGCAGCAGCAGCAGCAGCAUCAUCAUCAUCACCAUCAGCCGCCUCCGCAUCAUCAGCAGCAGCACUCACCGCCUGCUGGCGGGCCACGCGGACGGCCUCACUCUCAUCACAAUGAUUCGAGAGACCAUCAACAUCCUCAACAUUCGCAUCAUCAACGCAAGGAACAUAAUCGUGAUGGAGGACGUGGACGAGGACGAGGAAAUUCUUCACGUCAGUAGCAACGGGCUUUUAAUUGAUGCUGUUAACAAUUAUAAAUAAUUAAUAAAAAGAACAUGAAGAUAAAUAUUGAAUGAUAAUUGAACAGAUAAUCAUGAUGAUGAUGAUGAAGGACCAUUUACUUAUUAUCUCAAUUACACAACAGGAUUAAUUCGUGGUAUAUAUAUAUAUAUGUAUAUAUAUAGAUAUACAUAUACAUAUAUAGAUCUAUAUAAAUAUAUGAAGUAAUGUACACACAUCGCUUAUUUGCAACAUCGACAGUUUAAAAAAAAAAAAUAAUAGGUUUGAAAAAUAUUUA